UGGGUAUCGAGGUUAUUUAAAUAUUGGCGACAUUGUUGAAUUGAUAUUUUACCAACUUCACUGGCUUCAAUCCCAGAGAUAUAUAUAUAAAUAUGGCAAAAUUAUUAGGAUUAGAUAAAAUUGCCACGUUGUUUCGGAUUAUACGCGAAAACGGUGGAAUUUUUGGUUCUGCAAAAAUAUUAUUCAGGACGGAUGAGCUGAAGACUGGUACUUUAGUUGGACAAGAUAAAUAUGGAAAUCGAUAUUAUGAGAAUAACAUGUAUUUUGUAGGUCGUAACAGAUGGGUAAUAUAUGCUGAUAAGGUUGGAUUCAAUUAUGAUGGCUCACAAGUCCCAGCAGAAUGGUUUGGUUGGUUACAUUAUAAAACAGAUUUAACACCAGAUAAGGAUCCAGCCCGACCAAAAUAUAAAUGGAUGUUAGAUCACCAACAAAAUUUGAGUGGCACCAAUGAAGCUUAUAUGCCCUAUAGCACCACAAAGCCAAAGAUUGAACCUUGGCAGCCACCACAGUAAUAAGUUUUAUUAGAAUUAAAAAUGAAAGAUAAAGGUAGUUUACUUGUAAUAAUAACGAAAUACUUAAUGUGUAAAUAAAACAAUUAGCAACAUGAAUUAGAUAUUUAAAAGAUUUACAAAAUAUUUUCUUUUUAUUUUGAAUGUUUCAAUGUGCAACAUUAUGAUGUUCAAAAUAAAAUAUAAUACA